AUGGCUCAAGGAUUGCUUCACCCUUCUUUCGAGAAUAGUGAUCUAGAGAUUGAGGAUAUAGGCAUUGAGUAUUUUCAUAUUCUGUUGCAAAACUCCUUACUUCAAGAUCUUACGAAGGAUGAAUUUGGUGUCGUUGCCAAAUGCAAGAUGCAUGCUCUUGUGCAUGAUUUUGCAGAACUUGUAUCAAAAUCUGAGAGUGCGACUUCGGGUUCUAAUGAGAUGGUCGGCACAUUGAAGAUUCGACAUGCUUCACACAUUCCUACUUCAGUUUUGGAAUCAAUUCCAAAGAAAACUUUAAGGGGAUUGCGCUCAUUGUUUUCUAAUAAUGAAGUUCCUAGGAACAUGUUGCCAAGGUUUAGAGGUUUGCAUGUCUUGAAUCUUUACAACACAAAUAUUAAGGAGCUACCGAUUUCAAUUGGGAAACUGAAACAGUUGAGGUAUUUAAACGUUUCUGGAACAGAGAUCAAAGCAAUCCCCAAAUCUAUCGGCAAACUCCAUAACUUACAGACAUUAAGAAUGGAGUAUUGUAGACGUCUGAAAGUGUUCCCUAAGGAAAUGGGAAAUUUGGUCAAUUUGAGACACAUCUAUUUUGGUCCAGUCCGAAAAAAGAAACGUGCAAAUUUUGGUUGGUAUAGGGAAUCUCUUGCUGGGGUUGGGCAAUUGAUUAAUCUUCGAACGAUGCCUUAUUUUGUUGUUAGUCCUGAUGAAACUAAUCGUAGUAUUGAGGAAUUGGUUGGCUUAAACCAUUUGAAAGGUGAACUAGCUAUUUAUGAUUUGGAACAUGUGAGAGAUGGAGAAGAAGCGAAGAAAUCAAAUUUAGUUGGGAAGAGAAACAUACAUAACUUAUCACUUGUAUGGGGUGAGGAAAUGAAGCCAUGCAACAAUAGUGAAGAUGAUGUUCUCCAAGGCCUCCAGCCACACCCUAAUUUGGAAAUUUUGGAGAUUUGCAAUUUCAUGGGUGCUCAAUUUCCAUCGUGGAAGCCAUACAACAACUUGAAAAAGAUUCGACUACUUCAGUGCGACGUAUGUGAAGAAGCGUCCAUGCUUGGCCAUCUACCUAGUCUUAUGCAUCUUGAGUUUAAUACAAUGCAUAAUCUAAAACGUUUGGGAGUUGAGUUUUAUGGCUAUAAUGGUGUUGAUGAUGCAAUAAAAACAAAGGGUUUGUUUCCAGCAUUGAAGACAUUCAGAAUUUGUGCAUUCCUAAACACGAUCGAAUGGAUUGAGCCACCAGUGAGGAAAGAGGAACAAAUAACAGUGUUUCCUUGCCUUGAGGAGUUGGAGCUCGUGGAGUGUCCUCAAAUGAGAAAUUUUCCUAAUCAGUUUUCAUCCCUCCGUAAGUUGAAGAUGAGUUUUUGUCACGAGCUAUCAGACCUAACAAGUCUGGUAGAAAAGUGUACCUCUCUUCAGAAUCUGGAAAUAAGCAGAUGUGACAAACUUAGAUCCCUUUCCCUUUUUGGUUUGAUAUCCAUCCGGAAAUUGUUGUUUAGUUCAUGUGGUGGUGGUGGUGGAUUGACAUCAACGAAUCUACAUAGAGGAUUGGAAUUUCUGACGACCCUCCGCAAACUGAUACUUAUUGCAAGUAGUGAAUCAGAAUUGUCUACCGGCAGCAGUACUACAGUGGAGGAGUUUUAUUUACAGGAUUGUACAUCCCUUGGUUCAAUGUGUAUCUACAAUUGUGAAAGGUUGAGCCAUUUUUCAGUUGAUGGGCUAGACACACUCACUAUUCUUGAGGAGUUGACUAUAAGGAAUUGUCCUAGUCUAACAUUCAUUCCAAUCAUUCCAUGUCUUCGAGGAUUAGUGAUUGAGGGUUGUGAGAAGCUUUCGCGUUUGCCGAGUGAGUUGAAAAAUUGCAACGCACUUGAGAGAUUGAAAAUAAUAGGUAGCCGAAACUUACAAUCCAUUGUAUUCCCGCCAUCCCUUCGACAAUUUGUCAUGGAAGAUUGUGCUCAACUAUCAAGCCUGUCAGGUGAUUAUGGAUCUCUUGAGGAGUUAAGUAUAGUGAAUUGUCCUGAGUUAAGUUGGAAUUCAGUUGCCAAUGAGGGGAGGAGGUUGACCGCCCUUCAGAAAUUGGUUAUUACAAGUUACGGUGGACCGGAAUUGAACAUCUACUAUAUUAGUACUCUUGAGGAGAUUUCCUUACGCAAUUGCACGUCCCUUGUCAGGUUGGAAAUUCGAAACUGUGAAAAUUUGAUAUCUCUGGCAGAUGCCGAUGUAACUAGCUUGCAAUCUCUUUCCAUGUUAAGAAUACAUAAUUGUAAAAUAUUACAAUACUUGGCGACGAGUCUACACACUUUGACUCGUCUGGAAAGAUUGGGGAUUGGUGAGUUGUGGGAGAAGCUCGAUUCUUUUCCGGUUUCGAAAAUUCCAUCAUCAAAGAUCUUAGGAUUCUUUGGGUGGCCUAAGCUCAAGUCUUUGCCUCAAGUAAUUCAUCACUCAACUAGUCCUGUAAAAUACUUGACUAUAGGAAAUUGUGAUGGACUGGAAACUCUUCCAGAGUGGUUGGGUGACCUUACAUCUCUUUACUGA